CUGCACCACAGAAAACAUCUGCGUCUGCAGCAGGAGGGGGGAGGCAAUAUGUCUUCACUGACAGAGCACAACUUGGUGGCUGUCCUUUCCCCUGCUCUCUGAGACAUAAACAUCGGUAGUGUAUGAGAGAGAGAGAGAGAGAGAGAGAGAGAGAGAGAGAGAGAGAGAGAGAGCGCAGCGCACACCGGGGCGCAGACAGCGCCGCAUCGUCGGGAGCCAAGCAAAGCCCAGAGCCUGCGGAGAACGCCGGAGAAGCUGGUAUGAGCACGUCACCGAGCAGAAGAAAGGGACCGAGCCCCUCAGCGGGAGGAGCGGGAGAAAUGGAGGGCAGGGUGUGACGGACGGGCGGACGGACGGACGGACGGACGGGCGGUCGAUGUCUUCCUAGGGCCGCACCAUGGCGCGUCAGGGCUGGGUGCUGACGCUCUGUCUCUGGCACUCUGUGCUCAGCGGCCUCUGUGGCGCGUUGCUGACCGGCGUCGUCACCGCGACUCCGCCCACGGCGACGGGGCCCGGCGACGGCGCGCGGCUCACGGAGGGGCGCCGGGCGGGCUCCUCCUGGCCCUUCUGGCCUCUGGACCUCUGGAGCUCCGGCGCACGCUCCCGAGGAAACGCAGAGGGCGAAACGGCGGAUACUGCCUCUAACCAAUCGGGUUUGGCGGAGAAAUUGGGCGCACCGCUCGACCCAGAAAUCGGUUUGACCUGGAAGGAAUCCUUCACUCCCACAAGGACAGGGAUGGUCGCCCGGCUCACGACCUCCGACCCUCCGACGCCCACGGCGACGGCGACGCCGAACGGCGAGGCCGCGGGGAAGCGACACCCACACGCGCCCUGGGUCACCGUCAGCGCGAGCGGCGAAGACGCGCUCCCCCCGACGCCCGCGCGGCCGACGGAGACCCCGGCCGUCGUCACGGCUACCCGCGACGGCUACCCGCCUUCCCCGGCCUCGGGCACGGAGCGCGGCGAAACGGGGGGCCCCGCGCGUGCGGACGACGGCUCCUCCCCCGCGUCUCCCGCCCCGGUCGCGACGCCGGCGGCGGGACCAGCGUCCGCCGUCGAACGGGCCGCCGAGGAGGCCGCGGGGGCGGAGCCGAAUACAGACGCGGGGUCGCCCGAGAGCGGGACGAGGACGGCGGGACAGGAGACGGAAGAGGGGGCGACCGCGGGCCGGGGCUGGGGGGACUUCGAGGACGUGGCGUGGCCGACCCAAACGACGCCUCCCGUCAGCGCCCCACAGCCGGCAGGGACGUCGCCCGAGUUGGGCGGAGAGGACGACCCCGAGGUGGAGGAGCCAAUCAGACGCUGGACGGCCUCCGUUUCCUCGGUAACACCUCUGGGGCCUCUGUUUGCAGACCCGCUCCCUGACGAGGACUGGUCGCCGGACGCGGCGCCGGACGACGACGAUGACGACGACUCGCCCCCGCCGCCGCCGCCCGACUGCGACCCGGACGCCGCGGAGGGCCCCUGCAACGCCUCAGGCCCCUGGGGCCCCGCCUUCCCGGACGACGACGGCGACGACGACGACAACGCCGCCGCCAACCGGUCCCGGGACCCCUUCCUGCUCGCGGCCCCGCCCAUGUUCGUGCCCCUGCACUCGGACUGGAGCAGCGCCAUGGCGACGUGGGGCGCGGCCUGGGAGGCGCACGUCUACGGCCUGGGCGCCGUCUUCGCCCUGGUGGCGGCGGCGGCGGCGCUGAGCCUGCUGUGCCUGCCCGUGCGCUGCCCGUCCGGCUGCGGCUACUUCGCGCUGGUCGACCUCUUCCUGCUGGCAGCCUGCUGCAGCCGGGCCUUCUCGCUCUUCUACGACGCCUACAGCCGCCAGGACAAGCUGCCGGCGUCGGGCACGCUCCUGCUCUACGAGCUGCCCUUCCCCUGCCUGACGGCCGCCUUCGGCAUCGUCUUCCUCCUGCUCUCCAUGCGCUCGCGGAUGCAGCUGUCCAACUCCGUCUUCCAGCACCCCUGCUUCCUGGCCGCGCUGGUGCUGCUGCACUUCGGCGCCACCUUGGGGUCGGUGGUGCUGCUGCAGGUCUUCACCCGGCUGCCCGGCCUCUUCUUCGUCUCGCAGGGCUCCUUCGUGGCGCUGGCGGCCUUCCUGUCGGCCGCCUACCUGGCCUUCUACUGCUACGUGCGGGCGGACGCCAAGCACAUCUACCACCUGAACAACACCUCGCCGCCCGCCGACCGCUACCACCGCUGCCCCUUCGCCGACCCCAAGGACUGGAACCGGGCGGCGGUGACGGCGGUGUUCGCCGCGCUCUUCGCCCUGGCCUGCGCCGCGCUCCAGCUCUACGCCAUGCUGCACGCGCUGGGCCUGGGCGGGGUGGGGGUCUUCCGCCCCUGGCCCUGGUGGGCCUUCCACCUCAGCUGCAGGGUGUGCGAGGCGGGCGUCUGCCUCACCCUGGCCCUGGUGGUGGCGCCGCCCCUCUGCUGCUCCUCCUCCUCCUCCUCAUCCGGGGGCCUCCCCCAGCCGGGCCUCUGCUGGCCCCGCCUCUCCUGGGCCCGCGGCCGGGUGGACCUCAAGUCGCCCGUGCUGCCGGGCAGCUACCAGUGGUCGCUGUCGCAGCAGGAGAAGCUGGUGAUCUGCGACGCCAUCGCCCGGCGCGAGUCCGAGUGCCUGCCGCUGUACGCCCUGGUGGACACGCGCCUCAGCAGCCUGGACGGGCUGGACCUGCUCUACCACAGCGGGCGGCUCUCGCUGGGCACCGUCGCCGACGACGACCACGACGACCACCGCGACGCCGGCUCCCGGAAGCCGUCCCUGGACAGCGACUCGACGGGCGACCUGCGCCCGCCCUCGCCCAUCAACCUGCGGCGCAGCAUCGACGAGGCGCUGUUCGGCGAGGCGCUCUUCCCCAGGGGCCUCUUCGGCCCCUCCCGCCUGCGGGGCUCCAGCGAGCUCUCCCUGGACGCCCGGGGCCCCGCCGACUGCCGGCCCUUCGGGGAGAGCCCGGCCGACCGCGGCCUGUACAGGACCUCCUCCUGCGUGGAGAUGGAGCGCCCCCUGGAGGAGGAGGAGGAGCCCCACGUCUCAGGCCACGCCCGGUUGGGCGGGGCCUCGGGCUCCGGGUCCGACUCGGACUCCUCCUCGGCGGAGCGCUGGGGGGGCGGCGGCGGCAGCAGCGGGGGCUCCGGCUCCCUGCUCCGCUCCUCGCUGGACGGCUCCUCCCUGGUGCUCUGCUCCGCCCCCGAGGGGAGGGGCCGCGGCGACGGCCCCUCCUCCUCCUCCUCCUCGGCCCACCCGUCCCAGGGUGGGCUGGGUCGCUACCGCGCCCUGGGCUCCGCCUCCCGGGAGAGCCUGGGGGCGCGGGGCGAGCGGGACCUGGCCGUGCAGGCCGAGUUCAUCAGCGUGUGCCGGCAGAUGGACGCACUGAGCGUGUGCAGCGACACCAUCGACCUGUGACCCGCCGCCCGUCGCCAUGACCGCCGAACAGGAGCCGACAAGCCAAUAAAAAAACAACAACAGCGCUACGACUGCUGGGAGAUCGGCCGUUUCACCAUGAGAGAGAACCAGGGCUGAAGCUCCUUCAAUCUUCAAAAAAAGAAAUACAUCUCCCAGAAUCCUUGGGUGAGGUUUUACUCACUCACCAAAAAAAAAUGUAAAAAUAAUAAAUAAAUAAAUAAAAAAUAGGGCUCACAGCCUUUGGUUAGGUGAACCCAACUUCAAAAUGACAGCAAGGACUUCAAUAUUUGGAUGAGCUGUUAAAUGCUGUAGAAUUCUAGAUACCAACAAUAAUUUUAUAAAUUGUAUUUGUCAGAUUAUUAUGGGAUGCUGCAAUUCGCUUACCUUUCUUUCCAGUUCUGGCUGUUGCUCUCCAUUAAAUGAUCCUUUCUCUGUG